GCCAUAUAGUACUAUAAAAGGUUCAUAAUCUAAAGCUACUCCCAGCUCCUCAUUCAUAUCACUUGAGCCAUGGAGGACUGCCUCUACUACGCCCUCUCCAUCACCUUCUGCCUUGCCCUGUCCUUCCUCUUCUCUUCCCUCCGGCCAUCAACCCGAAAGCCGAUCAUGCCUUCACUCCCGCCUGGCCCAACCAUACUAUCUCCUCUAGGCCCGCUCCUCUUGCUGGCAUGGACAAGCUUCAACAUCGAGCCGAUCAUCCGCGCCGCCCAGUACUGGUACGGCCCGGUCUUCACGCUCUACCUCCUCCCUUCUUCCCCGGUCAUCUUCAUCACAGACCGGGCGGUGGCGCGCCGCGUCCUGGUCCAAUCGGGCGCAUCAUUCGCUGACCGGCCGCCGACCAACCUUGCCACCGCGAUAUUCAAUGGCAACCAGCGCACCAUCACCACCGGAGGGUACGGCCCGCUCUGGCGCGUGCUCCGCCGCAACCUCACCGGUAGAGCCCUCCACCCGUCGAGCCUCCGCCGGUACGCCGCCGCUCGCGCAGACGCCGUCUCGGGCCUCACCGCCGGUAUCGCACGGCAGUCGCGCAGCGAGGGGGUUGUGGUUGUCCAGGAACUGCUACACCACGCCAUCUUCCACGUGUUCACCAGGAUGUGCUUCGGCGAGGGUCUCGGCGAUGGCGUCGUCGCGUCCGUCACCUCGCUGCAGAGGGAGUUCCUGUCGUCGGUGGUCGGAUUCCAGGUGCUCGGCGCGUGCCCGCCGGUCACCAGGCUCCUGUUCCGGCGCCGGUGGAAGCAGAUGCUGUCGUUGCGGCGACGGCAGGAGGAGCUGUUCAUCCCUCUGAUACGAGCGCGCAGGGCGCUGCGCGGCGCCGGCGGCGAGAACCUCGCAGCGGCGGACUGCUACGUGGACACCCUCCUAGACCUCCGUAUCCCCGAAGACGGCGGCGGCAGGAACCUGACGGAGGGCGAGAUGGUGAACCUGUGCUCGGAGUUCCUGUCCGGCGGCCCCGACUCGACGGCCACGGCGAUGCAGUGGACCAUGGCGAACCUCGUCGCGCGGCCGGAGGUCCAAGCGAAGCUCCGAGCCGAGAUCAAUGGUGUAGUAGCCAGCAGCAAGGGCGGGCGCGUCGACGACAUGCACCUGCCGGAGAUGCCGUACCUCCGGGCCGUGGUGCUGGAAGGGCUCCGCCGGCACCCGCCGGGACGCUUCAUGCUGCCGCACGCGGCGGCGGAGGAGGGCGGGGCGACGCUCGACGGCUUCAGCGUGCCGAGGCACACGCUGCUGAACUUCACGCUGGGCGGCAUGGCGAUGGACGGGGCGGUGUGGCGGGACCCGGAGCGCUUUCGGCCGGAGCGGUUCCUUCCCGGCGGUGAGGGGGAGGACGUGGACCUCACCGGCGUCAAGGAAAUCAAGAUGAUGCCGUUCGGCGCCGGGCGGAGGAUCUGCCCAGGGAUCGAGGUGUCGUUGCUGCACCUCGAGUACUUUGUGGCCAACCUGGUGGGGGCGUUCGAGUGGAGGGAGGUGCCCGGUGAGCCGGUGGACUUUGGCGAGAGGCUGGAGCUCACCAUGGUUAUGCGUCGACCACUCCGUGCCAUUGUCGUCCCAUGCCAUUAGUUCAAUCCCUGUCAUGUAAACAGUACUGCAUAUAAAGCUGCAUGUGGUGGCCUGAGUCAUGCCCUAGCUAGUACAAGGCAUGGCUGGAAUAAUCCAUGUCUGAGUUUGUUACGGCGACGAUGAGACAAGCUCGGAUAUUUGGAAUGGUGUAGUCUCCAUGUUUUGCAUAUCUAUGUAUAUGAAAAAUCUAUCAAUCCAUCAACGGAUCGAUAUACCCGCCGGAGGAUAUAGAGUUUAAGUGUAACGGAAA